AUUCCCUAGGUUCAGUGCCACAUUGCUAACCGAUCUCUCACUCUCACUCUACCUUUCUUCUUUUCUCUCUCCUCAUCUCUGUCCUCUCAUAUUUUAUCACCCAUCGCCCAUUUUUUUGAAGCCGUUGUCUCCAUUGACAAUCUUUGAAUCUCAUUGCUAUGAAUGGAAAGGUUUCUCGUUUGACAGCUAUGUUUACGAGUUCCAAGUGAUAUUUCACUCCGUUUUUCGCUCUUUCCUGUUGCAGAAAGCCUCGAGAUUCCACAGUGAAAGGGGACCGGUGGCGUUCGGGCAAGAUGAACUUUGAUUAUCUUAAAGAACACGUGGGCUCAUGAUUAUUAGUUAAAUUUGAGAUGUUUUUAUUCUCUAAUCGGAAAAUCUUCAUCCUGAUUCGUUUCAAUCGGGAAAACCCCUGUUCUAUGUAUUUUGCUGUGUGAGCGAUGGUAUUAGGCAGGGGAGAAAGGGAUUUUUAAGUGUUGGAUUCAGAUUGAGUGGGCUAAAGAUUAUUCAUAUAGCUUCCUUUCAUGUGUUUCGUUUGUAUUUCGUUCUUCGGCGGCGAUUGCACAUUUCUAAUUAUUACAGGAUUAUACUGACUGAUCCUAUGUUUUUCUAGGCCUAUUUGGCCGGCUUACAUGGGUUUGUUAUUCAUCGGUCAAUUGAACGGAUAUACUUUUAUUUGAAUUCCUAUCGACGAAAGCUGUUCUUUUCAUAAUCGUAUCUGUUCCUUGCUGAAGAGAUGGACGGGGCUGUUUUUAUUGCCAUAGCAGCCACUAUUGGAAACCUGUUGCAGGGUUGGGACAAUGCUACAAUUGCAGGAGCUGUUAUUUACAUUAAAAGAGAAUUUGAAUUACAGACAAAGCCUACUGUUGAAGGUUUAAUUGUGGCUAUGUCACUUAUUGGCGCUACAAUAAUUACUACAUGCUCAGGACCCAUUUCAGAUUGGUGUGGCAGGCGCCCCAUGAUUAUCUUGUCUUCAGUAUUUUAUUUUAUUAGUGGCUUGGUGAUGCUGUGGUCUCCAAAUGUUUACAUCUUACUCCUUGCCAGGCUCAUUGAUGGGUUUGGAGUUGGCUUGGCUGUUACCCUUAUUCCGGUGUAUAUUUCUGAGACAUCCCCACCUGAGAUAAGAGGGCAGCUAAAUACCCUUCCACAAUUCUGUGGCUCAGGGGGAAUGUUUAUGUCAUAUUGUAUGGUAUUUGCAAUGUCUCUUAUGGCGAAUCCAAAUUGGAGAGUGAUGCUUGGAGUUCUUUCCAUCCCAUCCCUGAUAUAUUUGGCAUUAACAAUAUUCUUCCUGCCUGAGUCUCCGAGGUGGCUUGUUAGCAAAGGGAAGAUGUUAGAUGCCAAAAGGGUUCUGCAAUGGCUGCGUGGAAGGGAAGAUGUAUCAG